AUGUCUGUUGAAGAUAACACCGCACCUGAUUACGGCGACUUUGUGGACUCUGACGACGAGUGUGAGGUCGAGGACUUGCCGAACCUCGAGAACGGUAUUUUGAGGGCUUGUACUACCCCGUAUGUAUCGGAGACGUCCUCGAUCAGAGAUAUCAUAAAGAGCAUAAACUCGCCUAUGGUGGCUACUCUACAGUCUGGAUGGCAUACGACAUUCAAACGAAGAGCAAUGUGGCCCUCAAGAUUCAUGUUCCUGGAAUCUAUAGACUUCAAUAAUCGGACCGUUAUGUGGGGUAUCUGCUCUUUCGAUAAUUACAACACAGAUACAAAAUACGAGUAUCUUGGCCGGCCACAAAAGAUAAAGUUGUGCCUACCUUCCCGGUCACAGGCCGAGAUCGUUAAGCCAAUCGUGGUCUCCAAGAAUCUGCUCCGAGAGACCGUCUGCCUCGGCGACUUCGAGCAUGCGAUUAAAGCCGGCACUUCUGUAACCCCCAAGUUUCAUUCGCCUGUUGGCUAUUGUGCCCCGGAACUUUUCCAUAAUAGAGAACCAAGUUUUGCUAGCGAUAUAUGGAGCUAUAUGUGCCUUUUCUUGGGGCUCUUUCUCGGCUUCCGCCUUUUUUGGAGUACCGGGAGUCCUGCAAUUGUGUCCGAAAUAGUUGACGUCCUAGGUCCGCUGCCUGCCCACUGGAAGGGCGGUUAUAAAGGUGUUGGCACAGGCGACGAUUCGUGGUAUGAUCAGAGCAGAAAGCCUUCCGAUUCCCUCGAAGCUAUGAUCAUACAUGCAAGACCAGAGAUUAGUGACACUGAGAGGAGUCAUGUGCUAUCCAUUAUGUCUAAAGGAUUUUGCUAUUUGCCCGAAUCUUGUAUAUCGGCAGAGCAGCCUCAACAAGACGCUUCGUUCAAAGCCAUCAUGGAAAUAUAUGAGCGUUAA